UGCCUUUUAGUAUUGAAGAAAGAUUUAACCCGAGAAAUUCAUUAUCUAGGCGUUAGUCAAAGUGAACCAUGUCCGUGUUCUGCAAGGGAGAACUUGUGUGGAAUACGUCCUUAACCUGGACAGACAACUCUUGGCCUGAGCUGACGUCAUGUUUCCACAACACCUUGCUGGAGAUCGUCCCCAUCUUCUUUUUCCUCGUCAUGGUGCCAUUUUACCUGUAUCACCUGCUGGCGUCACCGCUCCGGAAACAUCCGAUUAGCUGUAUCUUUCUGUCUAAAAUUCUGUGCAUCUUUAUUCUGGGGAUCGUGGACAUGAUCAGUCUGACCUCGCGAAUGCACACCGGCCUCACGAACGAAACUGUCUUGGUGCAGGUGAUGCGUCUCACCAUCCUGGGGAUCAUCCUCUCUAUAGUCACUCGUGAGCGAACACGCGGCGUUGUCAGGUCCAUGCCGAUGUUUUCCUUCUGGCUUUUGUCCAGUCUUUGUUUGACCAUCAAGUUGUACCAAACCAUCAUGAAGGGGGAGUUGGACUACAAGUUCUCCAAAAUUGCCUUGAUGUCCUUUCGCCUAUCAGCCAAAUUUUCCUUAUUUUUGCUCUACUGCUUCUCAGACCCGCUAGAUGGGAGAUAUCGGCUACAGAAUCCCGAGCAGACAGCGGCGGCUGUAUCGUGGCUGACAUUUUACUGGAUAGAGCCCUUUAUAAGGGCGAGCAGAUACCAAGUGAUUGACAACAAUGACAUGAAGGAGCUUCACCGUAAGGACACAAUCCCCGUGGCCACGAGACGUUUGCUGAAAAAUUUUGACAGACAAAUGUUGGGAACUGCUUUGUUGAGGAAACUUCGGCCAAGAAAAACAAGUGAAGAAAAGGAUUUCCGUGAGGUUUUUGACAAAAGUUCACGUGACGAUCGAAGAGCGACUGUAGAUUCAAUAUGUGAGGCUAAUGAACAUAAAACCAAGCCCGCAAAACCAAAGAGUCUUUUCCGUGCCCUUCUUCUGACGUUCUGGUGGGAUCUUCUCUUGUGCAACAUUGGCAUGCUGGUGUUUGUUGUUAUGCAACUGUUGACACCGAUUAUUCUUGGAUGUUUGAUAGACUUCUGUACAGAUUUAAAGGAACCCAAGUGGCAUGGUUUUAUUUUGUUGAUUUUGCUAAUGGUGGUCAGAGUGCUAGGCUCAGUGUUUAAUCUAUCGGCACAGUUCCUAAGUAGUCGAUUGGCCAUUCGUGUUCGCAGCGCCACCAUGGGCGCAAUUUACCAGAAGAGCUUGAUGCUUUCAAUGGAAUCCAUGAAACAAUUCAGCUUAGGAGACAUUGUGGACAUGAUGUCCAGGGAUACAGCGCGCCUGGAGAUGUUUGUCAACAAUGCCUACUGGCUCUGGGUGAGUGCUGCACUAUUUCUGGGUGGAAUCUUGAUGGUGUACAACUAUAUCGGAUUUGCCAUGUUUGCAGGGCUGGCUGUCAUUAGUAAUAUUCUAACAAUCAGCGUAUUGGUUACUCAUAAAAUGGUUCAGUUUCAACAGUGCAUGAUGAAGACAAAAGAUAAGCGUCUCAAAUUAAUUAAUGAGAUAGUAAACACAAUUAGGACAAUAAAACUGUUAGCAUUGGAGCCUUUGUUUUUUUCUCGAGUGAAUAGUAUCAGGGAGAAGGAGGUGAAGAUUUUAACAAAACACGCUCUGCUUGAUUCCUUGGACACAUUCUGUUAUACAGCAGCCACAUUUUGGAUAACGUUUCUUACAUUAGUAACAUUUCUGGUGAUAGAGGAUAGUCAUUACAUCAGCACCAAGACAGCUUUUGUUACAGUCAAUUACAUCAACUUAAUCAGGAUAGCCAUGACAAGCAUUCCCCUCAACAUCAAAUAUUUUAUUAAGAUGUGGUCAUCAGUCCAUCGCAUCAACACAUUUUUACAAUCUGAUAACAUAGAAAUUAACAACUUAAAUAAAAUUGUGGAUGGAGAAUUAGACGUAAAAAUAGAAGAUGCAAGCUUUUCCUGGUCUGCUUCUGGAGAAGCUCUUCUAAAAAACAUUACCUUAAAAAUUCAACCAGGCACGCUUGUUGCAGUUAUAGGUGAGGUGGGUUGCGGAAAGUCUUCACUGUUAUCUGCAAUCAUGGGGGAGAUGAACACUCUUGCUGGUACUGUAAAUGUUAAUUCAAAUAUGGCAUACGCCCCACAGCAAGCCUGGAUCCAAAACACCACAAUCAGGGAGAACAUCACAUUUGGUCGUGUUUUUGAAUCAAAGAGUUACAACAAUAUAUUAAAAGCAUGUGCAUUGAUGGAUGAAAUAGAUGCACUCAAGUCUAGAGAUAUGACUGAUAUCAGAGAGAAGGGAGUGAACUUGUCAGGUGGACAGAAGCAGAGAAUUUCUCUAGCAAGAGCUGUCUAUAGCCAGGCUGACAUCUACCUGUUUGAUGAUCCAUUGGGUGCAGUGGACAGCCUUGUGGGACAACACAUCUUCCAAAAUGUUAUCAGCAACACUGGACUUUUAAACAGGAAGACCCGAAUAUUAGUGACCAAUCAAAUUCAUUGGCUGACUAAAGUUGACACAGUAGUUUUAAUGACUGAUGGGCAAAUUCAAUUUACUGGCAGCUUUGAGGAACUUAAAUCACAAAAUGCUGAGUUUAUAAGAGCUGCUAAACAGUUUUCAUUUAGUUCUACCGUUGACAUUAUCCCACUUAAAAAAGGCAGCACAUUGGUUCAAAAACAAAGAGAUUCUAUUUCCACAGAUAGAAUGAGUUACAGUGUGUUUGAACUUACUUUUGAUGCUUUAAAAAGAAUGAGAGAGAAUUGGCCAGCAAAAUCGACCAAACAAAAAACAUACAAGCCAGAGAAGAAGAGGUGGGAAGUUUAUUUGGAAUUGGCUAAGGCAGCUGGUGCACCUAGUGUGUCAAUGGCUGCAUUUUUUGUCUUGGGCUUCCACAUAACUUACAACUUGGCCUACCUGCAGCUGGCAAUGUGGUCAGGUGACCAUCAACUGGCCAACUUAUCAGAGUUGCCAGUUGGGAGUGAAGGAAGAACUAAUUUAAACCAGCUAUAUGUGCAAUCUUAUGUCAUAUGGGGCUUUAUGCAAUCAAUAUUCUGUGUGAUCUACUCUGGGCUCUUGCAGUAUGCUCAUGUGACUGCAUCCCGUAAGAUCCACACCAAGCUCUUAGAUGCAGUUUUAAAAGCACCAAUGAGCACAUUUUCGGAAAACCCUGUGGAACAGCUGUUGAACCUUUUUGGUCAGGAUUUAAACAUUGUAGACUGUGAACUGUUUUUAAACCUGGAGGUUUUCAUCGAACAUACCAUGUUUACCCUUGGGAUUUUGGUAGUCACCAGCUACACAUCACCAGUCUUUCUCACUGCUUUAAUUACCUCCAUAUUCCUUUUUUUAUGUAUUCAGCAUCUGUAUGUUGAGACCAUUUGUCAGUUGCGAAGUCUGGCAUCAAGAAACUUUUCUCAGAUCUGCGCCCACAUAAGUGAGACACUGUCUGGCCUGACUGUCAUCAGGGCCAGCAAGCAGCAGGUCAGGUUUAUUCAGGACUUCAACAAGAAGGUUGACGUCUUUCAGAAGCCCAUGAUGACCAUGUUUGCAUGCAGCAAGUGGCUGCAAGCAAGGAUGGAAUUAAUAUCAUAUUUAUUGAUCAUUUCUGUGGCUGUGAUGGCUAUCUUAGACAGGGAUGUAGCCAGCCCUAAUCUCAUCAGCUUAGCCAUUACAUUUAUCAUAAUGAUUUCAAAUGAACUGACAUUGAUGGCAAGAAUGCUAUGUGAACUUGAGACAAAUAUUGUGUCAGCUGAGAGAAUUCAAGAAUAUUCUAAGAUAGUUCAAGAGGGUCCCUGGACUGUAAAGGACGAUUCAACUUUUGUGGAUGUAUGGCCACACAGUGGGAUGAUAGAAUUUAAUAACUAUUGUGAAAAAUACAGAAAAGGUUGUGGGAUUGCUCUCCAGAACAUCAAUGUUGUUAUACAGCCUGGUGAGAAGGUUGGCAUAGUUGGGAGGACUGGGGCAGGUAAAUCUGCCAUGGUGCUUGCCUUGUUUCGGCUCACUGAGGGAUCCACUGGUCAAGUCAAAAUUGAUGGAGUGGACAUCAAGAAUGUUGGCCUACACACACUCAGGAACAGAUUGAAUAUUUUAACUCAGGAUCCAGUACUUUUUGCUGGAAGCUUACGCAUGAACCUUGACCCAUACAAUGAAAAAACAGAUGGUGACCUUUGGUACAGCUUAGAACUCGCCAACCUGAAAGAUUUUGUCAGCAAGCUACCCCAUGAGCUGGAUUAUCUAGUCGAGGAAGGUGGUGAGAAUCUCAGCAUGGGACAGAGACAACUGGUGUGUUUGGCCAGAGCUCUCCUCAGAAAAAGGAAGAUUUUAAUUUUUGAUGAAGCCACAUCAGCAGCAGACAUAGGGACCUACAACCUUGUACAAAAAACCAUAGAAACAGCCUUUAGCGAUUGUACUGUUAUCACAGUAGCUCACAGAAUCCACACAGUUUUAAAUUAUGAUAAGGUGAUAGUUAUGGAGCGAGGAAGAGUGGUUGAAUUUGAUUCACCGAAAACUCUUUUAAAAAACACCAACUCUAAAUUUUAUUCCAUCACACAUGAAGGAGCGAAACAACAGCAGCAAAUGUAAUUAGAAAAAUGAGGAAAAUACCUCCCCUCUAGAAUUAUAUAUGUUACAUGAUCUAAUAUAAAAAUAUAUGUCUUAU